AUGAUGGACCUGAAAGUGGACGAGGAAGAGGUGGACAGCGGGCAACCGGUGAGCAUCCAGGCCUUUGCCAGCAGCUCCACCCUGCACGGGCUCUCGCACAUCUUCUCGUACGAGCGGCUGUCGCUGAAGCGCGUGGUCUGGGCACUUUGCUUCCUGGGCUCCCUGGCACUGCUCGCCCUCGUCUGCACCAACCGCAUCCAGUACUACUUCCUGUACCCUCAUGUCACCAAGCUGGAUGAGGUGGCGGCCACCAGGCUCACCUUCCCUGCUGUCACCUUCUGCAACCUCAACGAGUUUCGCUUCAGCCGAGUGACCAAGAAUGACCUGUACCAUGCUGGAGAGCUCCUGGCCUUGCUCAAUAACAGAUAUGAGAUCCCAGACAUCCAGACAGCCGACGAGAAGCAACUGGAAAUCCUGCAGGACAAGGCCAACUUCCGAAACUUCAAGCCCAAACCUUUCAACAUGCUGGAAUUUUAUGACCGGGCUGGCCACGACAUCCGGGAGAUGCUGCUGUCCUGCUUCUUCCGUGGGGAGCAAUGCACCCCUGAAGACUUCAAAGUGGUCUUCACUCGCUAUGGGAAGUGCUACACCUUCAAUGCGGGGCAGGACGGGAAGCCCCGGCUCAUCACUAUGAAGGGGGGCACUGGCAAUGGCCUGGAGAUCAUGCUGGACAUCCAGCAGGACGAGUACCUGCCAGUGUGGGGGGAAACAGAUGAGACCUCGUUCGAAGCCGGGAUCAAGGUGCAGAUCCACAGCCAGGAUGAGCCUCCACUGAUCGACCAGCUGGGCUUUGGGGUGGCUCCCGGCUUCCAGACCUUUGUGUCCUGCCAGGAGCAGCGGCUCAUCUACCUGCCACCUCCCUGGGGCGACUGCAAGGCCGUGGCGGGCGACUCGGAGUUCUAUGACACCUACAGCAUCACGGCCUGCCGGAUCGACUGCGAGACACGCUACCUGGUGGAGAACUGCAACUGUCGCAUGGUGCACAUGCCAGGCGAUGCCCCUUACUGCACCCCGGAGCAGUACAAGGAGUGCGCGGAUCCGGCCUUAGAUUUCCUGGUGGAGAAGGACAACGAGUACUGCAUCUGCGAGAUGCCCUGCAACAUGACCCGCUACGGCAAAGAGCUCUCCAUGGUCAAGAUCCCCAGCAAGGCCUCGGCCAAAUACCUGGCCAAGAAGUACAACAAAUCAGAGCAGUACAUCGGAGAGAACAUCCUGGUGUUGGAUAUCUUCUUUGAAGCCCUGAACUACGAGACGAUCGAGCAGAAGAAGGCGUACGAAGUGGCCGGUUUGCUGGGUGACAUUGGAGGGCAGAUGGGGCUGUUCAUUGGGGCCAGCAUCCUCACAGUGCUGGAGCUGUUUGACUACGCCUAUGAGGUGAUAAAGCACCGGCUGUGCCGGCGGGGCAAGUGCCGCAAGAACCACAAGAGGAACAACACAGACAAGGGCGUCGCGCUGAGCAUGGACGACGUGAAGCGCCACAAUCCCUGUGAAAGCAUACGGGGGCACCCAGCAGGCAUGACGUACGCAGCCAACAUCCUACCUCACCACCCGGCCCGGGGCACCUUUGAGGACUUCACCUGCUAA